AUGUUAAAACGGCAGCACAGUGACGGCACUGGUGAAGGCUAGUGGCAGUUUUGUGGCUCGUGCAAGCGUUCGGUAGCGGCAUUGCGCGUGCUGCAUGGAAACCUGAAUCGGCAAUUGUUUAUGCUUGCAGCUUCACCUUCUUACUUGUAUCCCAGCGCCAUGUCUUCAAGGAAGCUGGGUAACCAGCACAUUCAAGUUUUUGUACGGUGCCGGCCUCCGAACUCGCUGGAGAAACGGAGUGGCUUCAUCAAAGCUGUUGAAGUCGUACCGGAAAGGAAGGAGGUACUUGUAAAUGACAGAGUCGUUCCCGAGCGCAGCCUUCGCAAAUCGUUCACGUUUGACAAAGUAUUCGGACCUGAUGCAAAGCAGAUCGAUGUGUACCGGGCAGUCAUGGAGCCUACCAUAGCCGAGGUCAUGAUGGGCUACAACUGCACCGUAUUUGCAUAUGGUCAAACCGGUACUGGCAAGACAUUCACUAUGGAAGGUGAAAGAUCAAAUGUGAACCUGGGUUGGGCUGAUGACCCCUUGGCUGGUAUCAUCCCACGUACGCUGCAGCAGCUGUUUGAAGAGCUUCAGUCCCAGGACCUUGAAUUUACGAUCAAGGUGUCCUUUCUUGAGUUGUACAAUGAAGAACUCUUUGACCUGCUCAGUGCACAUGAGGACACGUCAAGGCUGAAAAUCUUCGAGGACUCCACUAGAAAGGGUUCUGUCAUAAUCCAGGGCCUAGAGGAGAUCACUGUGCACAAUCGUGAAGAAGUGUUCUUCAUACUCCAGAAGGGGGCUGCAAAACGUCAAACUGCAGCUACACUUCUGAAUGCGACAUCUUCACGUAGCCACACAGUCUUCUCGGUUACCGUUCACAUCCGCGAGACAACAGAUGAUGGCGAGGAGCUGGUAAAAACCGGCAAGCUCAACCUCGUCGACCUUGCGGGGAGUGAGAACAUUGGCCGCUCUGGUGCGAUUGACAGGAGGGCACGUGAAGCAGGCAAUAUCAACCAAUCUCUCCUUACAUUGGGUCGUGUUAUAACUGCCUUGGUGGACAAGGGACCACAUGUUCCGUACAGGGAAAGCAAGCUGACUCGGCUCUUGCAGGACUCUCUGGGUGGCCGCACAAAGACUUCCAUCAUUGCGACCAUCUCGCCUGACAUGUCCAAUCUGGAGGAGACAUUGAGCACCUUGGACUACGCUCAUCGUGCCAAGAACAUCACCAACCGUCCAGAGGUCAAUCAAAAGAUGACAAAGCGGGCACUGAUCAAGGAGUACACGGAGGAAAUUGAGCGUCUUCGAAGGGACCUGGCUGCAACCAGAGAUAAGAAUGGUGUUUUUGUGGACCAGGAGAACUACAGGACGAUGGAGCUGAGGCUCACCAGCCAGUCUCAAGACAUCUUGGAAAAAGAAGCGCAAAUAGAGUCCCUAAAUGCAAAGCUUCUGACCGUUACGGAACUUUUUGAGAGAACUAAGCAAGAAGUUGCUGAAACUACUGAACGGCUUCAGGCAACAACUGCUGAGCUCCACAGCACUAAGAGAAGCUUGGUUGCAACAGAGCAGGUGCUGUCCAAAACAAGUAUUGAGAAAGAAGAGCAGGCUUACCUUGUGCAAGCCCACUGCAAGACAGAGGCUGCACUUACUGCGACUGCUCAGGAGUUGGUUGGUGUGGCACAAACCACCACAACAGACAUUGACCUGCUGCAACAAAAGCUUCAGCGGACAUCUGCCAUUGACCAGACAAACAAGGAGCGACAGUAUGCCUUUGUGGCCAACUCAAGUGUGCUUUUUGAUCAAAUUGAAUCCAGUUUCACCGCACAGCUUGCUUCUCAACAGGAUACCCUCACUGGCAUUGGAGGCUCAUUCGCCUCUCUUAACAGCCUCGUUCAGCAACACCAAGCUGCUGUUGCUGCAUACACAUUGGAAGCUAGGAAGUUUGCUGAUGAGAGUGCGGCAGCCAACGCCUCCAUCCUCUCAUCACUGCUGUCCACGAUGCAAGCUUCCCAGGAACAGCAGGUGGCUCAGAUGGCGGCCGACUUGGCCAACAACCAAGCAAGGCUGCAAAAGCUGUGCCAGUCUCUUGUUCUGGAGCGCAUGCAAGCAGCACAAAUAAAGCUGCAAGAACUGGAAAAGCACCAGUCGGCCCUAGGGGAGCAGGUUGCUUUGGUGUGUCGCCUUGUCUCCGACGAGGUCACCGCACACCAUGAUCAGCAGGUGCGCCUUGUAACAUCUAUUGUCGAGGAAAAUGACAAGUUGAAUUGGCAGUUGAUCGCCAAUAAUGAAGAGAUCCAGAGACUUUCAGCUGCAAUGGAGACGAAAAACGCUGAAGCUGAGAAGAAUAUGGCUGCUUUCAGGCAACAGUUUGAGAACUUCUCGCAGUUCUUCUUUUCCUCACAAGCUAUGAACAAUGACACCAUUGCCAAGAUUAAUGGACUCUCUGCUAAGGUUUCAGAAGCAGGCACGGUGCAGACAUCGGUCAUUAAGAGCAAUGCUGAAUCGCUCGCCAAGUCCUCGGGGGGCCUUGUUUCCACCGUGGCUGCUCUGCACCAGGACGGCGCCAAGGCAGCGAGCGAUUGCUUGGCUAGAGCGGCAAAGGCCUCCGGCAGCCUUUCCAACAUCCAUAAGAUUGUGGAAAAGAGCAUCUCUGAUGAGGUGGCUUCGACAUCUGCAAUUCUAGCUGAGCAGAAAAGAGUUGCUGAUGAUAGAAUGGCAGCCUGCAAUAGGGGCAUAUCAGAAACCGUUGCUGCUGGAACUGACGCUGCACAAGGCCAAGCUGACAGAGCCAAGGCCUUGACUGGAGACUUGGAGGCCACAGAGUCGCACAGCUGCGGCCAGCUUUUGUCCAUGUGCCAGCGUGGCACUGUGCAAACUGCACAAGCACAGGACAUUUCUGAAGCUCUUCGUGCAGGCAUUGCGAACAACAUGGCAAAAUGCUCCUCGGUGGUCUCUGACUUCUUCCGGAAUGACCUGCAGGAGUAUGUCCCCACUGGCUGCACUCCUCAGAGACGGGAAUACCAGUACCCGGUAGAGUUGGCACAGACGUCGCCUCAUGAGCGGAUCCUGAGCAGGCUCAGGACGGCCACCGAUUUCAGCGCUGCAACUCGCCUAGCGCUGCCCACAUCUGAUGAGAAUGACCUGACUGCACCACUGUCCAAACCUCAAUCAUCCUCAGCAUCAUCUUCGACGGAGUCACUGGCAUCUAAUCCAGCGCUUGACAACAAAGAAAAUGUCACCCAGACUGCCAAGCUAAGAAAUCAGCCAAGAGAUGCAUCCAAAAAGAAAUUGACACAGCAAAAUGCCUAGCACGUAUUUUAAACUACGAUUAUAUGAGAUCUUUUAUGCUUUUAUUCAUUGACAAUUGCACAUCAAACUAAAAGCUAUGUAGACUUAAUGUAGACUCCAACAAGUGUUGCUAUUAUCCCUUACAUUUGAAAAAAGAACAGACAAUAUUCGAGACCAUUGAAUAAUGAAUUCUCAAAUUGAAUACGUUGAAUCACUUUGCAUCCUUCCUUCUGUUUAUUCCCACUGUUUGCACCAUCUGUUCACAUGUUGUUAUGGUUCACUCUGUACGGCGAUGAAUGGAAUGGGUGCCAAGCACCAGAGACCUCAAUGUGCCUAAUCAUCAUGCUCGUCAACAUGAAAAGACUUGUCUGUUGGGUGUCUACGACAGGAUUAUGCAUGAGUGCAAAUCCUACUCUCCUUUGUCCUAUGUUCAUCCCCUGUAUGCCAGGGAGUGGUUUUUCUCUGUAUUCCUCUGUCUGGCUUGCCAAGGAGUGGUUUUUCUCCGAAUUCCUCUGUGUGGUUUGUAUCGCUUACCUUUUCUUGAUGUUACGGUGCAAUGUGAAGGGACAGGACUUCAUUUCGAUGUGUUCUGAAAACCUACGCACACGAGAUGCUAUUUGAACUUCAAGUCAAAUCGUCUUGCUUGCCACAAAUGUCCCAUCCUCGCAUCACUUAUACAGUGUUCGCAACAAACCUGCAGCUCUCCUAAAGACUUAGAAAAAGAUUUGGAAACCAUUCAUCUUUAACUUUCACAUAACAACUAUCCUGCUUCAGUGCAGCGUCACCUAUCCUGCCCGCCUGCCUAGUGCUUCCUCUGCCACAUUUGUAGCUCGUAAACAUACCAUAUUCUCCCUAUACUAGCGAGGCCUUAGCCUGCAUACUUCGUUCUUUUGAUGAGCGCAUUGCACAUGUGCCAGUGAAAGAACUUAGACGUGCUUGUAUAUGUCAAAGACAAGCUUCCCAAAGAAAAGUACCCAGGUGUUGUGAUAAUAUUCCUUGUUCAGACUGCAGUCACAUCUACAUUGGCAAGACGGGUAAUUUUCAAAGGCACAUCAAGGAACACUGUUAUGGUGUUGUAACACAAAAAAGUUUCUUCUAACACUCUUGCUGAGCAUUCCGUUUUAAGAGAACACAAUGUUGACUGAGGUAGGGCGGAUGUGCUAGCCACUAAAAGUAAUCUAACCUUGUGGCUGCAUCUCAAGUCAUUACUAAUCCAGACCACUGAUACCAUGCUGAAUCUCAAUUACGGCAGCCUUCCUUCCAUUUUUAUCCGCUGUUGAUGUGUUUUAAAUAAAUAAACUUGCACUUUUGUCUG